CGCGUGAGCAGGAAGGGGGGCUCCGGUCUGCCUGCACAGGCUCCGACUAUUCUCCCCCUCCUCCCCUGCCUCGGCCUCCUCCACCCGGCCUGACAAAUGAGCAUAGUGGCAGUGGUAGCCGUGGUGACCAUGGCGGAGGAGGAGGCGGGGUCAACCACGGGGUGGGCGUGGUUGGCCUGGCCCCAGAGCACAUCCCCACACCAGGGGCAGCCCUGAGCUGGCAGGCGGCCAUCGAUGCUGCGCGCCAGGCGAAGAUGAUGGGCAAUGCUGCAUCAGGUGGAGGGGCAGGGCUUGGGUCUGGAGGGGGCGGGCCCAUCUCCACGGCCAGCUCCACGCAAAGGAAGAGACAACACUAUAGCUCUAAGCCCAAGAAACAGACAGCGACGACAGCUACAAGGCCGCCACGGGCCCUACUCUGUCUCACGCUCAAGAACCCCAUCCGCAGGGCCUGCAUCAGCAUCGUAGAGUGGAAACCAUUUGAGAUCAUCAUCCUGAUGACCAUUUUCGCCAACUGUGUGGCCUUAGCCGUCUAUAUCCCCUUCCCUGAGGAUGACUCGAACGCCACCAACUCCAACCUGGUGAGUAACCUACAGUGUUGUAAGUGCUUUACAGUUGAGCAAGCUUUGGCAAGGUUUGGUCCAGUAGUUGCUGGUUUAAGUAAAUUCUUGGCUAUUUUUCCCAGUCCUUGAAGACAGGGUUUCUGGGUUUUUGUUGUUGUGGUCUGACAUCCAAGUUUCCUUUGUAGAUGUAUUAUAUUGACUCACUAUUAAAAAUUUCAUCAGCAGAUUUCU